AUGGACCCACCCACCACAGGGCAUGUCACCACGAACGAUGGUGUUCGUCUCUCAUACACUCAGACUGGUCCAGCUUCGGGAGAAACCCUUCUGUUUAUCCCCGGCUGGCGGCAGACCGCCGCUCAGUGGCACAAGCAAGUGUCCCACUUCCAAGGCUCCUACCGGGUCACGACAUACGACUACCGCGGACAUGGAGAUUCAGAAAAGCCAAACUCGGGCUAUCGCGUAUACCGGUUUGCAGCAGACCUACUAGACCUUCUGACACAACUCAAGCUGCGACAGGUGCACAUCGUGGCACACUCGAUGGGCUGCUCCAUCAUCUGGGCAUUCUUUGAUAUCUACCCAGCUCAGGCCCGGGACCUGUUCGCGAGCGUCGUGCUCGUGGACCAGUCGCCUUGCAUGAUAGCCGACCCCGCCUGGACACCCGAGCAGGCGAAGCAGCUGUCGGCCAUCUUCUCGCCCAGCACGAGCUUCGAGCUGGGCAAGGACAUGCGCCCGGCCACCGCGGGCCUGAUCAAGGGCAUGUUCACUGCGGCGGCUGACGCCAAGGAUGUUGACUUCGCGCUGGAAAGGAGCAACCUGAUGAGCGACGAGGCGGCGUCGGCACUGCUGCGCGACCAUGCAGCCAAGGACUGGAGGGAUUUGCUGCCGCGCCUGGAUGUUCCGACUUUGGUCGUCGCCGCUGAGGGCAGCGUAUUCCCUGCUGAAGGGGUGAGGUGGGUAAGUGAGCAGAUCUCGGGAGCGAGGCUGGUCAACUUCGAAAAGGAGGAGGGUGGCAGCCAUUUCAUGUUCUAUGAGAACCCAGAUAAAUUCAACGGCGCUGUUGAGGACUUCUUGAGGCGUGCUUAA